GCUGAAAACAUGGAUUGCCUGAUAGAAAAUAUUCUCUACGUACUCAUAUUUACCCUAUUUCUUAUAAUCUAUGUAUACUAUAAGAAUGCAUUUAGAUAUUGGAGUGAUAUGGGAGUCCCUCAACUGGAUCCAAGUUUCCCUUUUGGUGAUAUGUACGAUACCAUUUUUAGAAAACAAAAUAUGGGCGACAAAAUCAAACAAAUUUAUGACCGAAUGAAAGGAGAAAGGUACGUAGGGCUGUACUUCUUCAGCCGCAAAGCAUUUUUGCCUUUGGAUCCCGUCCUUAUAAAGGAUAUUCUCAACAAAGAUUUCCAGCACUUCUACGACAGGGGUAUUUAUUAUGACGAGAAAAACGAUCCUCUAUCCGCCCAUCUUUUCUCCAUUGCCGGCCCAAAAUGGAAAAAUCUCCGCGCAAAACUCACCCCAGCCUACUCCCCUGGAAAACUAAAAUACAUGUUCGAUACAAUUGUUCAAUGCGGCCACACAAUGUCUAAAAAACUCAACGAAAUCGCCGAAAAUGAAAAAGAAGUUGAAAUAAAGGAAAUCCUGGCAAGGUACACUACUGACGUCAUAGGAUCUUGCGCUUUUGGUUUAGAGUGUCACUGUAUGACAGAUCCAAAUGCAGAAUUCAGGAUUAUGGGAAAGAGAGCUUUUACACAAAGUGUUGGAGAUUUGUUAAAAAUGAUUAUCAUUCGAAGUUUUCCAUCUUUAGCAAGGCUGUUGAGAAUAGGCGUGUUUUCAGAAAACGUCACAAGUUUUUUCAAUAAAGUAGUGAGAGAAACAAUAGAAUAUCGAGAAAAUAAUAAUGUUACGAGACCCGAUUUCUUACAACUUUUGGUGCAGCUCAGGAAAAACGGACGGCUGGAAGAAGAAGAUGAAUCGAAAAAGCAGCCUCCUGGAACGGCCUUAACAAUGGAAGAAGCGGCCGCACAAGCUUUCAUUUUCUUCUUGGCAGGUUUCGAGACCACUUCAACCACUAUCAGUUUUGCAUUAUUCGAAAUGGCAAUCAAUCAGAAUAUCCAAGACAAAGCUCGCCAAGAGGUUGAUAAAAUUUUUGAAAGGUACCAGAGUGUAACUUACGAGUCUGUGAUGGAAAUGACUUAUUUGGAUACCGUCAUAUUUGAAACCAUGAGAAAAUAUCCGCCCGCCCCGGUGUUUUUAAGAAAAUGUACAAAACCGUAUCCAAUACCAGAAACAAAUAUUGUCAUACCAGAGGGUUUAUCUGUGCUUAUACCUUGCUAUGGUCUGCAUAGAGAUCCGGAAUAUUUUCCAGAUCCGGAGAGAUUUGAUCCAGAUCGAUUUUCCGAGGAGAACAAGUCGAAAAUAUGGGAUUGUACUUAUAUUCCGUUUGGAGAUGGACCAAGAAAUUGUAUAGGAAUGAGGUUUGCGAUGAUUCAAGCAAAAAUAGCACUAUCGCUGACAAUACGUAAUUUUAAUUUUGGACUGAGCAAGAAGACAAGACUACCCUUAAAAAUGGAAACCAAAGGAAUUAUUUUAACACCAAUAGGAGGACUGUGGCUAGAUUUAAAACCAAGAGAAUAAAAAUAUGUUAAUAAUAUAUAUAAUUAGUACCAUCAAUUUUUGUUAAAAAUAAAAUUUUUGAGAAAAAGGUCAUAAUUUUGAAGAAUGAAGUCAAAAUUUGGAGAAAAAGGUCAACAUAUUUAAAAAAUAAAAAAGAAAAAUAUCACCAUCGUUUGAAUGUUCUUCCUCUAAUUUUUAUGUCGUCACGUAGGUAUAGGUAGAUUUCUUGAUAAUUUAAUCCCGAAAAAAUAUUGUUCUCUUGAAAAUUCAUUCAGUUUGUUUUAAUGAGUAUUCAGCAUAUACAGGGUGGCCAUAUAAAACCGAAACAGUCAUUAUCAGGAACUGCGUCAACAUUUUAGAAACAUGCGUGGACGCGUCAAUUUUUGAUUAUACGGAGACAUCUUUCUAUCAUAUCAUCAACUAUCAUACAUCAUUCCUCUCCCCUACAUCACUCUAACCAUUGCAUUUUAAAAAGGAAAAAGGUACUUUUAUGGAGAAUUCAGCGUUACUAGCGGAUCAAAAACUGUAUUUUAAAGUAUGCCAGAACAUACCUACCAAACAAAAAUAUAUAGGUAAUUAAAAAACCUUGCGAAUCCAUAAACUUAAAUCUCAA